UGAUUGCGUUGUUUUGUUCGUCUUUAUCCUGGCUCCGGUUUGUAUCCCUCAAAGGGCGUCUGCAACACACAGUCGCGGACACAGGCUACCAUAAUGGGUGUAGAUAGCAGCAACGAGAAGCCGUACCAGCAGCCUGCCCAGUCUUCCGAGGUAGAUUCCGAGCCACAGAGCACGCCCAGCACUGGAUACAAGCGGCAUCCGGUGUACUCCCCCAGCGAAUGGCUCCUAGAAUCCAUCAGUUCGAUUCUGGCCUUGGGCCUCCUUAUUGGUAUCGCGAUCAUCUUCUGGUACAUGGAUAACAAGCCUCUCUCUGCCUGGCGGGGCCGUGUCUCUCUUAACGCGACAAUUUCCAUCCUAACAACUGCAUGCACCACCGCCCUCAUGCACGGAGUGAGCACAUUCAUAGCACAGUCAAAAUGGCUUCACUUCAAGAACGGGCCUCGCAAGUUGGCGGAAUUCGAAACAUUCGAUGGAGCAAGCCGCGGGGUCUGGGGAUCUAUUCUGAUGCUUACCACAGUCAAGUGGAAUUUAGCCACCAUUGGGGCCUUUAUCACUAUCUUGCGACUUGCUUUCUCGCCCUUCGCACAGCAGGUCGUUCUAGUUGAGCAGCGCAAUAUUACCACCGCAGACAGCACCGCCACGUUCGGAUACUCGUACAGCUACAGUCGGGAUUUCCGGGGGUCGCUGGCAAACUCUGACAUCAACAGCAUCCCCCAGGACCCCGGUAUGCAGUCCGCCGUCUUCCAGGGCUUGUAUAGCAUCGACACCCCAGAACAAUUCCGCUGCCCUGGGACAUGUCGCUGGACCAACUCAUAUAUAUCGCUCGGGUUCAAGACUGAGUGCCGCAAUGUCAGCCAGACAGUCAUACAAUCGAGGAGCUGUUUCGACGACGAAGAUGGUUGGGAGAUAUGCAACAUGACGACGCCGGGCGGGCUCAGCCUUUCGACUCGCUACUCAGCGACCAGCGCGGUGACGACCUUCGCCUUAAAUGCGACCUCGCUGCUGAAUCCGCCGUCGGAGGGAGAGCUGCCCGAUACAUGGCCUGAGAUCACGCGAUUCGCAGUCUACAGAGCGACAUCGGACCACAAUUUCCUAGCAAACGACGUCAAUAUCACGGACUGCUCUCUCUUUCUCGCAGCAUAUGAGUACUCCGGUGCAAAGGCCAACGGCAGUGAUUUCUCUGCGAGCAGGCGGGAGGUCGAUUUCGGCGUAAAGAACCCCUGGACCUACGGGACCAACCCAGGAGCAAUGAUACUCGCGCGCAUGUACACCAACGAGACGACGGAUGGUAAUUCCAUAAUCCCCGGCCUUGAAAUCAGCUACGCUUUCAUCUCUGCACUGGAGACAUUCUUCAUGUCCCCGGCAAUUGUCUCCCAGUGGGUCGAGGGGAGUUAUGACAAUACCAACCUGGGUGUCGCUGCUGCUCUCUCCGGCGAUGUGGACCUCAACGAUCGGUUCCGUGGGAUGGCGACCUCAAUGACGAACUAUCUGCGGUAUGGUCCAAACCCGAGGACUGCAUAUGGAGAGAAAGUCGAGAGCGUUCCUUUUGUCUCCAUCCGCUGGGCUUACUUUGUUGUUCCAAUUCUCACGGAGGCGUUUGCAAUUCUGUUUGCCAUCUUGACUAUUUUGAGUAAUCGGAGAAGUCGCGGUAUUCCCUUGUGGAAGUCGUCGACACUUGCUGUGCUGGCCUGUCAGGUCGAGGAAAGACUUGGGCUCCUAAAGGCUACGGAUAAGGGUUUAAUAGAAAUCCAGGAAGAGGCUGAGAAGGCGAACGUACGACUACAAUAAUUCACAAUGAUGCCAAUGCAAACACAAAUGAGACAUGGUGUCUUUACCGUGCCGGUAGAGACCGCAGCUAGUAUUUCGAAUAAUUUC